GUAGCGAUGAAGUUAACGGAGCAGGUGUACCGGAAUCUGCAGUCUAUCGACCACAGACAAUCACUACCCCAUUUUAAUUUCUUACCCCCGAGAAAACUUCUCCUUCCUCCUUUUCCUCUUCGCUUCUUCCUCUCACUCCCUCGUCUUCCUCCUCAUCCGCCGCCGCCAUCUCCGGCAACGGAACCCUUCUCCUUUUCGUUUCCCCCACCUCCCUCUCCUUUCUCUAUCUAAUCGGAAAUAAUAGUUACAAUUGGUAGAGGAGGAAUUUAAGUGCCGGAAUCGGAAGGGCGUCGGCGUCGAAGACCAAAAAAAGGCCUUCGGUUGAAUCGGUGACCGGAGUGCCCUUUUUUUGGCGGGGUCGGUUGAGGAAGGAGACAAACAACGAAAACCCUAAUUAAUUGAAAAAGACCAUUUCCCCAAUUUGAUUCCGAUUUCCAUUUCUAUUCAAUCAUGCAGUUGUUGAGGUUUCUCUCUCUCUCUACGCUUCUCUGCCCCCGAAUCUUCACAAUCCGGAUUCGGAUAAGAGCUUGAUAUGUCUCUGUUUUCAGGUUUGUUGAGAGUCUCCUUCCUGGACUUGGUGCUUUGCAAGCUAAGAUCUCCGACGUGGCGCCUGUAAAUGCAGUUUUGUAGAUUGCUUCCCCCUUGGAUCUGCCAUCUCUUUGCAUGCAUGGGGUGAGCUUUUCUGAAUUAUCCUUUUUGUUGCUUCUGAAUAAGAUGAGAUGAGAUGGAUGAUUCACAGUUUAAGGAGCUGUGAAACUGUGGGGAAAGUUCCGGUCUUUACUUUCAACUGUUUUUGUUUGGUAUAAAGCUAGUAAAGAGGGAGUUUGGGAUCCAGAUUUCCAGCUGGAGACCAGUUUUUAGGCAUACCCCAGAGGCUUUAGAUCCUUUAGUGCUCAUAAAAUGUGGCUCUUUACCUGUCUCUUUUGCGUCAGCAAAUAGGUAAUGAAUGUUCUAUCAAGCUUGCCUGCCUGCCUCGGUUUGGUUUGGUAUCUUUUGUUUAAUGCCUUUGCUUCGUCUGUAAGUAAAAGCUUCACUUGUGGGGAACAGAAGACAAACAAGGAUUGGCUUUUCUUGUUGCCCCUUCAUUUCCUUGAAAGAAUGGGCUACUGGGAUAUUCUACUCUCCUAUGAGUUUGCUUGCGGGCAGAGGCCUUUUUCAUGUAGGAAGUAAUGUUCUCUGCAUGUUGUUUCCUGAACCAGACCGAGAGGUUUGUUUGGAGGAAACCUUGCAGUUCUUUUAUAUUGCUUUCUGGAGCAUAUUUCCGUGUUGUGGCACACAUGGGAAUGGAAGGAUUUAGGAGUAAAUGGAAGGGUAUUUUUAGUGUGAGAAGCUUUCACCUUUCUUUGUGUUCUUCUCCUUUUCAUUAAUGUUUAUUGCUAGAGUCAACCUGCCACCAUACAUGUGAGAUAGAAAUGAUUGCUGGUAGCAUCCCCCAGAAACUUCAGGGAACUCACCCUAACAGCUACUUGACUUUUUAUUUUAUUCCUGGUCUCUGAUUUUGUUUGCAUUGAAUUGAUGAUAAAAUUUGUGUAAUGGCAUAGAUGUAUGCUUGCUUAGUUUCCCAUUUUCCGUGUAUCACUACAUAUGACAAAAUUGUGUAGGUUUUAGGCUUGUUGAAGCUAUUGUAUAUCGCGUAUCCGUUUGUAACGGUUGCAUACCUUUAAGACUUCAAAUUGUAUAUCGAGAAUUCUCGUAGGCUGAAGGAUAACUCACGUGUCCUGUCGGUGAUACUUUUGUGACACUAUUAGAGUACAUUGCAUUUCACAUAUCCUUUUGUAACGGUUGCAUACCUUUAAGGCUUCAAAUUGUAUAUGGAGAAUUCUCGUGGGCUGAAGGAUAACUCCCAUGUCCUGCCGGCGAUACAUUUGUCACAGUAUUAGUAUCUUUUCCAUCUGUAUAAUUUAUAUUAUCAUCAUUUAGCUGUGUAAUGAGAAGUACUUGGUUGUCAAUUACUCGGUUUUAAUCAUAUUUGUGGUAAAACCUGAUUUGUAACAGAGCAGAGGUUGUCUUGGUUGCUGUGCUAAACCCACUACCGUUGUUUCUGUCAAUGAGCAUUCAAAGGGACUAAGGCCUCUAGACCGGACAUCUAAGAAACAUAGCAUAACCGACGAUUUCUGGAGCACUAGUGCAGCAGAAAUAGACAACAGUGCUCUACAAUCACAGAGAAGCAUGUCAUCCAUCAGCACACUAAACCAGCCCCUUGAUCCCUGCAGUAACGCUGGCAGCUCAAGCAACCCUCCUGAAUUUGUAAAUCAUGGCAAGUUCUACAAAUUAUCACAAGUCCUGGUCAAUUUAUUGAAACUGCAGAUACUGCACAAUUACCUUCUCUUAAUGGUCUUUUCUAUGCCUUUGGUUUGGCCAUUUUCUAUUGUAUCCUUGUGAGGAGUUUGUUGAUAGUCUACGUUGACAUGUUAUUUCUUUUGUUUUGUUCAACUUCGCCCUUUUCCAAGGUGGUUUGAACUUGCUUUUAAAUUUGUCCUUGGAAGGUUAGUGCAUAGUGAAGUACACUGAAAAAGGAUUCUGUUUGCUGGUUGUAGGUCUUCUUCUAUGGAACCAGACAAGGCAGCAAUGGCUUGCAAAUAAGUUAACUCAGAGCAAAACACAAUCACAAGUUCGUGAACCCACGAUAAGGUGACUUCUCGUUUCUCUUUCUGAAAAUGGUGACUCUAGAGCAUUGCCAUUCCCUCUAACCCUAAUUUAAAGUGAAACCAUUCUCUGCUGGUCUAUGUGCAUGAUCGUAAAAAAAGUUUCACCGGUAAAUUGUCUCCUGUAUGUGGCAGUUGGAAUUCUUCUUAUGAGAGCUUGCUCGGGAGUAAUAAGCCAUUCACCCGUCCUGUUCCUCUGGCUGUAAGUUUUAAAAUGGUGGCCUUUCGUUAAAAGCAAGUUCAGCAGGCCAAUGAGAUAUUUUACACUCAUAUUUUGUUCUUUGUGUGUUGGAAAAUGGCAGGAAAUGGUGGAUUUUCUAGUGGACGUUUGGGAACAAGAAGGGUUGUACGAUUGAAUCAAUUGGGAAGGAGCCUUAUUUAGAAGUUCUUUCUCUCUUUGGUGGUAAAAUCCAGGGUUGUAGCAAAUUGUGAUUAACCCAUAAUUUACGUGUUUCCUCAUCCGGGGAGGAAGAAAAGAAACACAUCUUCCCUCAGAACCACUUUGUAAGCUGUCUUUUGAUUUAGAUUGUCGACCGGUGCCUCCGCCGGGCUCGGAGAUUUACUGUGAUUCUAUUGUUAUCAUCAGCCUCUAUCAAAUCAGUACUUGUGCACUGAUUGAUUUCUGAGGCGUUCUGUUGCUGUUGAAAGCCUACCUUUUUUUCCUACUACAGUUCCAGAGUGGGAUAUGGGUCAAAGAAAAUCACCCCUGGCCUUAAACGCCAAAGGGUAAUCGUGAUGGAAUGAUUAAUGAAAUUCUGAGAUGAAGAAUCCAUGGAUUUAGUAUAAUCGUGGAAUUCAAAUCCUCAUUCUCCAAGAAACCUCUGCAUCUUUUCUCGCACAGUAUGCUCUCACCAAAUAAUAAGUAAUGCCUUUGCUUGGUCUUCACUCUUCAGGGUUAGCCGCCUUCUUAAGGAUUGAUCACUUAAAUCAGAUACCCAAAAUACAGAAAUGGAGACUUGUGUUGUGUCAGUCUAUGCAGGACAAGAAACAGGAUUUGGAUGGUAUUGGUAGGGUUUACAGGGAGGAAGUUUGUCUUCUCCUUCCCCCCUAACCAAUAAACAGAAGCAUUUAUGUGGUGGGUGGUGGACUCUAGUUUAAGCCGAAUGUGUUUCAGUCUCCACCCCAUCCCAUCCAGUCCCACAAUGGAAAAGCAAAGCGACAAACCAUGGUAUCUGGUUCUGGUGUAUCAGGAAAAUUGAGCUAGUAUCAAGAAUUAGUCCAUUACAAGUGAUUGUUUAUACGGUACAAGGGUAUUAUGGGCUGGUUGUAUUAGUUAAACAACAUAACAUCACCGCCUAACUUAGGUUUGUUCAUUUCACCAGUUGCAUUGUGUAGGUCCCUAAUAAGUGAUCCGGUGAGUAGAUGAGCACCUCUUAUGAAGUGGUAAAUCCCUAUGGUCGUAACAGAGUCAUUGAAAUUUAUUGUGAUACUCAUGUCCAAUGCAGUCAAAAAUCGAGGCAAAAUCGGAAUCGUAGAUUAAAAUCGUAAAAUUGUAAUAUUUUAAGGUUCAUAUUAAAAUGAAGAUUUAAAACUCCA